AUGUCGUCUAGUAUUACGUUCACGAACCUUUUCGACAAGAUUUCCUUUACGAGUAAGAUGCCGACUUUAAUGAAAGCGACGUCGGAUGAUGCAACGGCUACACCUGAAAUGUCCUUUGAAUCUAGCAAUACAUGUAAAUAUCUUUUAGAUUUCUUAAUGGACAGAUUGAUGAAGUCUUCUUAUCAUAUCAAACUUAAGGUUUUAAGAUUAAUUCGUCAUCUUUUGGUGAACGGAAAUGGAGAAUUCUUAACUAAUUUAAGGAAAAGGAGUGACAUUAUUAGAAAAACCACCACGUUUAGCGGAUCUCCAGAUCCUCUCCAUGGCAAUGCUCCUUACGAACAAGUCAGACAGUUAGCUAAUGAAAAUAUUCGUAUUCUCUUUGAUGUUUCUGAUAAAGAAAAACACCUGAAAGCCAAACAAGUUGGUGACGACUCAUCAAAACCUAGUCCUCAAUCGAGCUUUGCCAUCAAUUCUAAACCUGAUAAGUUAGAGGAGGAACAACCAUUGCCUGUUCGGAAUUUUCAUUCUGAAACCGUUGCUGAUCGGGUUACUGGCAGACCUGGUGGAGGUUGGGAUGAUCACGCGACAAAAAUUGACCUAAUUAAAAAAGGUGACACUGCAAGACAAUUCAUGAAUCCACAGUCAACUACUUUACCUAAACCAUUGCCUGCAAGGACGAAAAAUUUGGAGAAUGCUAAUGUUAGUCUAUGCGGUGAUAUCAAUAGCCAAACGGGCGACGCAAUAAACUAUGAAAAAGCGCUUGUUGAUGAUAUCACUGUUCCUGUUGGUGUUCGGUCUGCGCCAACCACUGCAAUGCUAGACAGUUUUAUGAAAAGGUGCAAUUAUCUUGAUCAUCACAGAAUUCUUUUAUUACUAUGUGAAAAGCUAAAGGAACCUGUCGGUAUUCAACAAAAAGCUUUAUGUGUGAUUGAAAGGGCAUUGAAAAAAAGCGAUUUUUGGUCACUUGGAGACAUUCAGUUAUUGAGUAAUCAAAUAGAACUGUUAUCGACCUCAAGUAAUGUUGGUCUUCGUAGCAGAGUAUCGAAAGUUGAGGCAUUAAUCCAAGAAUCUCAGCGAAAGCCCAAUAUUGCUGAAAGAAUACAAUCCGUAUCAACAUUAGAAAAUCAGGAUGAAGCGAAUUUAAUCUCUACUACUGAUGAAUCAUUGCAAGUGAAAGUUACUGAGACUUCUGAUGCCAUUAGUAAAGGUACUUCUGACGGUCUAUUUAUUGGGAUGUUUCUUUCUAAGCCAUCAAGUGACAUUAAUGAUAUAAAUUCUAAAACGACCUCGGAACCACUAAUUGACUUUGGCUCAAUACAACAGACUUCAUCGAAUGACUCCGUAGAAUGUAAUUCGGAAGCUUCUACGAAAGCUUUAGAUGAUUUAUUCACAAAAGAUACAGUAAAUCCAACUAAGACGACAACCUCACAAGCUGAGGCAUCAAUGGAAUCACUAAUCAAUUUUAGUCCAGUUGCAGGAACUUCCUCAAAAGCUAUCGAAAAUUCCACUGUAGUAAAAAAUUCAACAGAAUCUUUAGAAUUUAUUUCAACUAAUGAUACAAUAUCGUCUCACUCUGAAACUGCCAAUAGAAAUUCUGACGGUAACUCAGAAGUAGCAUUUCACAAGUCGUUAUUGAAAAGUUCCGAUCUGGAUAGCUUAACUUUGGAUCCUUUAUCGUCUAAGCGGACGACCAUUAGUACCCCUUAUACAAGCGCCAAGGACGCUAAGCGUGGCUUUGACUUUUUAAACAAAUCUAGUAAAGGGAAUGCGUUUAACUUUGUAUCGGAAACUAUGCAAGCGGAAAUGAAAGGGCGAAAAUUGUGA